GACAAAACUCCGUCGCUGGCUUCAUCAUGUUAACCCUAGACGGCAAUUGUCAACCUCAAAUUCUAACAUCUCUCACAUCUUAAGCUAAAACAAGGUACCUUUCUUCUGAAUUCAAAGCCCUAGAUGGAUGAUAAUGAAGACGAAACCGGAUACCCAAAGAAGUUUCACCCUCUGAGUCGACAAACCCAUCCUAUGUAUACCCGACCCAUUCCCAAACGCCACGCGUAUUACCACCACGAAGAAGACGAGAUCGAAGAGUACCAUCGUGGGAACGAGAGGUUUCAGAAGAGGCUUAAACCGACCAAACCGGUUUCUGGGUACGGAUUCUCCUCCGGUCCUAGCGACACGAAUGUUGAGCAAGAGGCGUUCGUGUUGUUGGAAGUGUGGGGAGACAGGUUCUUGCAAUUGGGUCGGAGGAGUUUGAGGAACGAAGACUGGAACGAAGUCGCGGAGAAAGUCAGCGAGGAGCUUCGGUCGGAGAGAUCAGAGACUGAGUGUCGGAGAAUGGUUGAUAACUUGAAGAGGAAGUAUAAGAAAGAGAGGGCCAAGGUUGAGAAGUCUGGUUUGGGUUCGACGAGCAAGUGGUCGUUUUUCAACAAGUUGGAUAUGUUGUUUUUGGGUUCUUCAGCGGCUAAACCGGAGUUUGGUUUAGCUUGUGGUGUUGAUUCGGGAGAGUUUGUGUUUAUGAACACUAAGGUUUAUUUGGAUAAGUCUAAUGGGUUUGAUGAGAUGAUGGAUAGUCCUGGUGACUCAGAAGAGGAUGAUGAUGAUGAGGAGGAGGUUGAGUAUGAGAGGAGGAAGAAGGGGGAUGAUGCGGCGUCGUAUAAGCUGUUGGCGGAUUCAGUUGAGAGGUUUGGGAAGGUUUAUGAGAAGAUGGAGAAGAGUAAGAAAGAGCAGAUGAAGGAGUUGGAGAAGAUGAGAUCUGAUUUUCAGAGAGAUUUGGAGUUUCAGAAGAAACAGAUUGUGGAGAGAGCUCAGACUGAGAUCGCUAGGCUACGUGAAGAAGAAGAGGAGGAACAGCAUCAUCAUCAUGAUGGUGGUGAGAGUGAAGAUGAGGGAAUGGAGAAUGAUUCUGAUGUGAAUCUCAGUGAUUGAAUAAUCUAAUGGCUAGGUUUGUUUGUUUGUUUGUUUUAUUAGAUUCGAGAAAUGUUCUGUUUUUAUUUUGAUGUAACUUGUGUUUGGUGGUUACAACUUGCCUCAAAUCCAUGCAUUGUUAUAUUUCCUCGUCAAGACAUGUUGCACGAAGAAAAGUUGAUUUUCUACCCAUGUUUUGGUCCAGCAAGUGAAAAAGACCGAUGAUGAAUGCUGCUUUAUUCCAGCCUUACCAAAUAGUAAAUAAUUUGGAACAGGCUAUUUGACCAUCUGCUGCAAGUGCAAAUUGUUGGAAUAGUGACAAUCUUUGGAUUCUAAGUAUGUAUUGGCCCAUUUGUUUCCU